AGUGGUUCAGGGAUUGGCGCAUUUUUCAAGGUCUUCGUCUACGGAACCCUCAAAAGAGGAGAACCCAACCACCAUUGGUUAACAAAGCCUGAAAAUGGAACUGCAAAGUUUGUGGGAGAAGGGAGAACUGCAGUGAAGUACCCUCUAGUGAUAGCCUCCAGAUACAACAUCCCCUUUCUGCUGGAUGUUCCAGGAACAGGGAAUAACAUUCAGGGAGAGGUGUAUGAAAUAGACGACAAGAUGCUUUCCAACCUGGAUAUCCUGGAGGAUUAUCCCACCUACUACACCAGGAGAAAGGAGAGUAUCCUGCUGGAUGACAGGGAAGAACACUGCUGGACAUACUUCCUUAACGGACACAAGCCCAGUAUGCUGCAGCUGCCCAUGAUGACGUCAUACUCCUCAGCUGGGGACCAUGGGUUGGUCUACAUGGAGAGUAAUAAUGAGUCAACCAUAGACGACGUCCUCUAAAAUAAC